AUGGGAGAGCGCGUGAUGGAAGAGCUGUAUCGAGUGGUGAAGGGGACCCUGAAUGACUACGUCCUUUCCACCAGCAUUCCCGGUCUCUAUCAUGCUGGCAGGAACAUACAUAUCAUUCGGAAAACGCUUUGGCUCCUGGUGUUCUUUGCCGGAGUCAUACUCACGGCCUUGUCUGUGGGUGACCUGGUCGAGGAAUAUUUCCAAUAUCCCGUCACGACAUUCGUCUCUCUGAAUCACGAAGAUACCCUCAUGUUCCCAGCCGUCACCGUCUGCAACAAUAAUCCCAUCAGCUGCACCAAGUUAGCCAAAUUCCGUUUGCAAUACGAGAACCUCUGGAAGCUGAGUGGAUGUGAAGUACCCGAUAGCGGAACCCUUGAACACUGGCUGCACGAAAAUGGAUCCCAGGUCCCGGCUUUCGUCCAAGAUCUUGCGAGUACAUGCGGGAUUUCCAGAUUCGUGGAGGAGAAGAGGAGCGAAGGAGCUGACGAAAAGAUCCUCGUUGCCGCCGGGAAAAGGGACAUUUCCUACUUUAACGUCAGCUACCUCACGGAUGACUUCGACAGUUGGAUGGAACUCUUGAAUAUAAUUGAAGGACUCAUGAACGUUGAUCCAUCCAUCUUCACCGACCGUAACAUUACCGACAUCUCAGCCUCUUUGUUCCAGGCCAUCGUCGUUUACGGUAUUAUCUACCCAUAUACAGAGAAGGUUCGGGAAAAACACGAGGUGGCUCAAGCCCAUUCUAAUGUCACCACAGAUCUUGUCCAUCGACGCACGAACGAGUUCAUCUACGAAUACCAGCUGCUUCCCGAGGAAGUAGGGGAAGCCGUCAACACGAAUUGGAAUGAUAUCAUUGUCGGAUGCACGUUCCAAGGCAGCGACUGCUACGAUCAAAAGUACUUCAAAUUCCAUCUCACGGCGACGUACGGGUCAUGCCAAAUGUUCAACAGUUACUUCAAUUACCAGCUGGACCCCUCGGCUGGAAGGAGAUCCACAAACCUUCCUGGGAUAGCAUAUGGUAAUGACGUCUAA